UUCUACAAAAUACAGGUAGAUUUUAUACUAGGAUGAACUUUAUAUUUUUCCUAAGGUUUAAGUGAAAUAAACGUUUUAUUGAAUUAGUACUUUUGGGAAGGUUUUACCCCAUUAGGGUUAAGUUUUUUUCUUCCAUAUUUUGUUUCCUGCCUCUCUAAUGUUUCAAGCAUCUCUAGUGACCACAGUGACUGGGGUUCAAAGUAGUAAGCUUUUGACAAAAUGCUCUCUCAUAGAACUUUUUUUUUAACUAUAUAUUCACAUAACUUCACGCUAUACAACAUUGGUAUUCAUAAAAUCUACAUUUAUUUCCAAAACUAAACAAAAAAAAGUCUAAAAAUUAUUUGAGAAAAUACAUCAUCAUAGUUCCCAUGAGCACUUCAUUUACCAGGAUAAACAGUAGGGUAAAAAUGAUGAGUCUAGGCCAGGCACAGUGGCUCACACCUGUAAUCCCAGAACUUUGGGAGGCCAAGGCGCACGGAUCACCUGAGGUCGGGAGUUCAAGACCAGCCUGACCAACAUGGAGAAACCCGGAAUCUACUAAAAAUACAAAAUUAGCCAGGCAUGGUUGCACCUGCCUGUAAUCCCAGCUACUUGGCAGGCUCAGGCAGGAGAAUCACUUGAACCUGGGAGGUGGAGGUUGCGGUGAGCCAAAAUAGCACUCCAGCCUGAGCAACAAGAACGAAAUUCCAUCUCAAAAAAAAAAACAAAAGAAAUGAUAAGUCUAGGUCAGGGAUCAUAUCCAAGAUCGUCCUAUCAUAGGUGAUGUUCCAGUUGCCUGUGAACAUGGCUACAUAAUCAUGCAGAUUGUCCAAAAAUUAAGGCUACAUCUCUGGAAUGACGGUUUGUCCUUUAAGGAAGGAUAAGAGAAGACAUGCAUUCCCAGGAAGGUGUGAAUACCCAAGAACUAUUCUAUGGAACCCCAUGUAGUAAAGCGCUUCUCAGUAACUCUAAAUUAGAGAAGCUAUUUCAAACUAAAAAUUCAUCUCUAGAGAUGUGGAAAGUUUAAUCUUCAGUCUCCUGCUAGAAGGGUUGAGGAUCUAGAUACUCAUGCAAUUUGUAUGGAGGACAGUGGAGAGAAUGAAAUACAGAAUUUUACUAUCUCCUCUCUCAUGCAUACAACUACCCUUGAGAACAUUUUUUAAAUUUUUGAAAUCUUUACGAAAGUAUAAUUGGUAUAAAAAGAACCGCAUAUAUUUAAUGUAUACAAUUUCAAACACCCAUGAUAUCUUCACCACAAACAAGGUAAUGGACAUAUCUAAUACCUCUCAAAGUUUCCUUGAGAACAUUUUAAGUGAAAAUGAAAAAUUUAAGGUAAUCAAUAGUCUUUUUUUAUUACAGGUCCUCUACCUUAUUAUAUAUAACAUUGCUAAGUAACCAUUAAAUGUCAUUUGGUCAGUAAGACAAUAUGUUGUAUUAAGAGACACUAUGCCAUGUAAUUGUUCAUCUGAACAGCCAAAAUAAUGACCUAAAGUUUCUUUGGAAUCAAAUAAUCUACAUUUAGUGUUAACUUUUUAAAGUUCCUGAAAAUAUAUAACUCUCACUAUGGAACCAAACUUUGGAUUCUUUACUAAUUAUCAAUAUUAACAUUCAGAAAAAUAAAGAUUCUUCAAGAAAUUUCCAUUUUUGCCAGUUUUAUACUUGCUACCAAAUUCUUGAUGUUCAGGUUGCCAGAAUGGAACACUCAAUCUAAUUUGAACUUCAGUACUUCCUGAAAGCACUGAUCUUAAGUAACCAGGGACAUACACUAAAAAAUUAUUCAUUUUUUUACCUGUAAUUCAAGUUUAACUGAGUGUCCUGAAUUUUUAGUCGCUAAAUCUAGCAACCCUAUUGAGGUUACUAGUAUACAUCACAAAUUAAUGAAUCCAAAAUGCGUACACCUUAGCCUCAGAAAGACAAUGCAGGACCAUGAAAGGGAAUUGGCCCAAUUUGCAUCUUAGUAAACAGUAGCUCAGCCUAAAUUAACCGUAUGUGGAAAAUUACAACCUGCUGAGUAGGUAAAUGGGCAUACAGUGGCCAGGCCAAGGAUCGCCAAACACAUUGUUUGUCAAGACUAAUUAGGAUUUAACGAAGAUAGCUCCAGUCUUCAUUUAUCAUUCCAAUCUCCAUCACAAAACAGACUACAACAAAGAGGUAAAGAAAACUACAUCAAAAUCUAAGAAGCAGGUGUGGAUGUCAAACUCCAUCAGGUCAACUAGAAACUAAUUGCAUAUUUCUGUAUUUAAACAUGGCAGAUAAAGUGCAGACUACUUUAUUGUUCUUAGCAGUUGGAGAGUUUUCAGUGGGGAUCUUAGGGAAUGCAUUCAUUGGAUUGGUAAACUGCAUGGACUGGGUCAAGAAGAGGAAAAUUGCCUCCAUUGAUUUAAUCCUCACAAGUCUGGCCAUAUCCAGAAUUUGUCUAUUGUGCGUAAUACUAUUAGAUUGUUUUAUAUUGGUGCUAUAUCCAGAUGUCUAUGCCACUGGUAAAGAAAUGAGAAUCAUUGACUUCUUCUGGACACUAACCAAUCAUUUAAGUAUCUGGUUUGCAACCUGCCUCAGCAUUUACUAUCUCUUCAGGAUAGCUAAUUUCUUUCACCCACUUUUCCUCUGGAUGAAGUGGAGAAUUGACAGGGUGAUUUCCUGGAUUCUACUGGGGUGCGUGGUUCUCUCUGUGUUUAUUAGCCUUCCAGCCACUGAGAAUUUGAACGCUGAUUUCAGGUUUUGUGUGAAGGCAAAGAGGAAAACAAACUUAACUUGGAGUUGCAGAGUAAAUAAAACUCAACAUGCUUCUACCAAGUUAUUCCUCAACCUGGCAACGCUGCUCCCCUUUUGUGUGUGCCUAAUGUCCUUUUUCCUCUUGAUCCUCUCCCUGCGGAGACAUAUUAGGCGAAUGCAGCUCAGUGCCACAGGGUGCAGAGACCCCAGCACAGAAGCCCAUGUGAGAGCCCUGAAAGCUGUCAUUUCCUUCCUUCUCCUCUUUAUUGCCUACUAUUUGUCCUUUCUCGUUGCCACCUCCAGCUACUUUAUGCCAGAGACGGAAUUAGCUGUGAUUUUUGGUGAGUCCAUAGCUCUAAUCUACCCCUCAAGUCAUUCAUUUAUCCUAAUACUGGGGAACAAUAAAUUAAGACAUGCAUCUCUAAAGGUGAUUUGGAAAGUAAUGUCUAUUCUAAAAGGAAGAAAAUUCCAACAACAUAAACAGAUCGGAAGAGAAACUAUGCUUUUCUAGGACAAACAAAGAUAAGGUGUUUCUAAAUUAACUUCAGUUCUUGCAUUAAUGUUUUAUGUGAUUAAUUACUCCUAAAACUUAAUUAGUGUAUCUGUAAUUGUAAUGUAGGGAAUCUUAUGUACAGCUGGCUGGAUCUCUUUAUCUCUGUCUCUGUUUCUGACUCUGUCUGUGUCUCCCUGUUUCUCUCUUCUGUAACUCUUCCUUUCUUUAGAGUUGCUGUUUUUUAAAACAUGUUUCAGAGCAAAUAGAAAUUAAUAUCCUAAUAUCAACUAUCAAGAGUAGAGGGCAUUUUCAUAGUUCUAAACCAUGUUUCCAGAUGCAAAGUUGUGUGACUAAUUCAAAACAACUGUAACAGCAUCUUGCUGUUAUUUGCAUCUUUAUGAAAAGCAACUAGUUCCUUCUCAUAGUCCUCGUUAGAUGGUUCCUCUUGGAUCAUCCAACAAAGCUCUACUUUUGGGAAAGACUCAAUAAAGUGACAGUUCUUAAUAAAUGCUGUGGAAUUCUAUGAAUAAUCUUAUAAUCACAGAAAAGGUAUAUAUUAUGGCUAAAUAUAUUCUCACAGUAAGUUCAAAGAUUAUUUGAGAAUUGCAGAUCAAUGAAUGAAGGACAAUCUUUAAGUAAAAGUGAGAAAAAUUAUGUAGAAAAUGUCUAUAAAAUAAGAAGCCUAAAUUGAACUAUUAAUUAUUUAUCGAAGAAAAUUUCUCCACAAAAGACGUAUGUCCACGGACUGCACCAGGCAGUGAUUAUCAAGAUGCUGUGACAAGACAUUCAAUCAAAAGCUAAUACAUGGUUAUGCUAAAAUGUCAAAACUCUCAAAGGCUAUAUUGCCUCAAUGUAGAUCAUCUCUACAUUCCAGAGAAAUAUUGUUUGGAUUGUAUAUAAGACAUCUUUUUUUAAAGGGUUCAAUGAUUCUAUUUCAGUAAUUUGUUGAACAACAGAACAUCUGUAAGAAUAUAGAAUACAUUAACAAACACUAUCAAGCAACCUGAUCUGAUAUUUAUGAAAGACUCCAUAAAAGGAAGAGAGAACACAUUCUCUUUUCAAGCAUAUAUUGAAUAUUCUCCAGACAAUGCCAUAUGUCAGGCCACAAAAGGAAAUAUGUAUGUGGGACAUACCAUCAAAAGCACAUCAUUCGAAUUGCGGCAAAGAUAUUUUAGGGUGAUCAACCCUGUACUAACCAGCCUAGAGUAGCCAGGAACUUUGUGUACAAAAAGGAAAAUAUUUGUAAAUAAAGAGAGAAAAAAAGUUUUCAUGGUUAAACAUGAUUAUUUGUAUUACAGUAAAAACUUGUAGAAAUGUUUUAUUAGAACAGUAACCCAGAGGUUCGUUGAAUCCAUUUAGAACAAUUCUUAAUAACUUAAUUGAACUCAAAAUAGCUCACAUGGUAGUUAGGUCUUUUCAUCUUCCUCUUGAAAGCCUCCUUCAAAGAAAGAAGAGAAAAAGAAUGAAGUUUGAAAUGACAUCAUAAACUCAGUAGAGGGUCAUUGACAAGUCAGAAACAGGGGGAAAAAAUCAUUAAGCAUAAAAGUUUUCUUUGAACAACAAAAUUGUUGGUUGACUCACUCAGUUCUGCCACUUCUUUGGUGGCAGAAUUCAUUAGCUCUCUCAUGUACUCUGGGCAUGUAUUAUAUCCUUCCUCCUACACAGAGUCUCUCCCCAGGCCAUUAGAAUGGACUUCAAUUUUUUCAUGUAAACUGUGUGUGACUAAUGGUGGCUUUAAAUUUCACUUACUCUGUGACAAAUUAGUGUUUAAGCAGUUAUCAGGACUUGAAAACUAAAGAAUGAAGCAUUUGUGUUUUAAUUGAGAGUGGCAAAAGAAAGAAAUUGCAAUGAUACAUUCACUGAUUGACUAUAAUAAUGUAGGCAAAUUUUACAUAUCUUUAUGCUUCAAAUUAGUUAUAUGUCAAGGGAGCUAUUGCUCUUGCAAAAAUGAGAGAUUUGUGUUAUUCAAUCAUUAGCCACUGGUUGUAGAAAGAUUUAGAGAAAAGCAUUUACAAAUAAGUACUGUGUCUAUAUUCUGCUGAUGUUCAAAUGCUAAUUACAACUCUGACACAAGAGAUUCUAAUGUGAAAAUGAAGGAGAUGGUCCAUAUUUAACAUUAUUGGGCCAAGUAUGGUGGCUCAUGCCUGUAGUCCCAGUACUUCAGGAGGACGAGGUGGGAGGAUAUCUUCAGCCCAGGAGUUGAAGACAAGCCUGGGCAACAUGGUGAGACUCCAUCUCUAUAAAAAAUUUUAAAAUUAGCUGGGUGUGUUGGUGUGUGCCUAUAGUCCCAGCUACUUAGGAGGGUGAGGUAGGAGGAUAGCUUGAGCCCAGGAGGUGGAGGCUGCAGUGAGCUGUGUUCACGCCACUGCACUCCAAUCUGGGUGACAGAGGAGGCUUGUCUCAAUCAAUCAAUCGAUGUUAUUAUUGAGAACCACUAAAACUUUCAGAUUUUGUAAUUCUCUUUUUCCCUUUGGGACUCCCUAAACUCAAUUUUGAGAAUGUUUGAGAAUUUUGAGAAUGUUUAUUAAACAAAAAAGAAAACUAUGGUAGCUUCUGAAGAACAAAGAAAAGAACACAUCCCUGAAUAAAGGUUUACCUUACUCUUGAAAGAACUCUUCAGCAACAGUACUUAGGAUUUUAAGAGAAAAAAAAAAUGAAAAAGAAGACAAAUUUAAAACAUGAUUUGAUAAAACCCCAGCUGUGAAUUUCUAGAAAGACACUUAGGUUUAGACACAAGAGAUUUAAAAAUGCCUAAGAGAGCUUUAGGGAAAAAAAAUUAUAAAGAUUUGGAUACAAUAAACCAAAAUUUCCCAAAGUAGAACCCUAGUCCCAAUCAUUGACUCUGAAUGAGGGGUGACCUGUAUUUUAAAGGAUUAAGGAAUGGAAUAGAAAGAAUUUAAUAGUGCCUGCUUAGCAUCAAAAUUUUGAUUAAGUACAAAUUUAAUCAAAAUUAUCAAUAUUUUUAAAUGUUCAAGAGUUUGAUGUCAAGGAAAUGCGAUAUCUAGAUGAAUUAUAGAAUUAUAGAAUUCUAUUAUAGAUUAUAGAAAUGAAAAAUAUAGAUUUUCCGUUCAAUUUAGAUGCCCUGGUUCACACAAACAGAAUCAACAACUGAAAAUCCAUAUACAUUAGAACGGCAAAAUUACAUCAUGAAGACAUUGACUUAAGACUUAGGCCGAGAUUUUCAGAGAAGUAUCUGCAAUCAGUGAAAAAUAGAAAUUAAGGUUUCCUCUUCUUUUAUUGACCUACUCUGAAAAUAAAGUGCUUAAUUUCUGAAAGGGUCAAUCUAACUCUAGUAUUUUCCAUGCAUUUUAACCCCGUUAUCCAUUGUAUUGUCCCCAUUUCCUCCUCUUGCCAUCAUCUAUGCUCUGAGCAGAGCUCAGGGUCACCAAAGCCUUUGAGAGCAGGACUAGCAGCACCUUGAUGGAAGCCAUGGUAUCCAUCUCCCUUGAUGCUGUAAGAACCUCAGACACAGUCCUUUAUGGGUUGGGGUUGGGGACUUCUUACCCAUAUCUAAUUGUCCCUUUGCACAUCAUUCAGACUUGCUGAGCUGGUUUAAAGGGCUGGUCAAGCUCCUCAGAGGAAAACCAUAAAUUUAGUAAGGCUCCUGAAAACAAUUGUUCAUCCUCGUCAACUAUUACUUAUACGUAUUAAUAAUUGUCUUUCAUUAAUUAACAUUCCACUCAGAACUAUGAUUCUCUUUUCUGUUACCAUAUUCAACAUGGUUCAAGCUGUCCAAACAUCAAUUACUUCUGGUCCCUUUCCUAUAGAAUGAGCCAACACAAUCAUCAGGAAAUCAAAGGCUAAAAUGACAGAAAUGUAAUCACAAGAUGAAAGAACAAUAAGGCCUUGAGAAAGAUUAGCAUAAGUUAUGUAACAUGGCUUGGAUAAAUGAAAGCAAUUGCCAGUAAGAGACUAAAAUCAACUUCAGACUCAGAAAACUAUAGCUAUUCAGAAUGUGCUUGAGUUCAUGAUUUGAAUGGACUGUGCAAUCUUAACACUAAACAUAAUCAGAAUAAUCAGUGGGUUGGAAAACAAUAUCAUUCAAGAAUCACUGAGUGAAUUAAGAGUGUUCAGCUUGGAAAGAGAAGAAUGUGAGUAAGCAUGAUAGUUCUACCUAGUUACAUAGAACAAACAGUAAUCUUGUUUGUGUAGUUCUGGAAGAUACAAAAAGAGCAAUUGAUUUUAAA